AUGAAGCCCAAUAAGUUGUUUCUUGCUGUAGCCUUAUUUGUUUCCUCAGCGGCCUCCGCACCUUACCAUAGUUCUCAUGAGGAACAACGAGUUGCUCCUUUAUACUCGUCGCCUGAUUCUCAAGUUAUCCCUGACUCGUAUAUCGUGGUUUUCAAAGAACAACUUGAGAAGAAACAUAUUGACUGCCACCACAACAAAAUUCGUUCUCUGGUCGAGGAGGAAAAUGAUAAACUCAACAAGCGAGGUUUCCUUGAUAAGUUGAUAUCUGGUAUCAAACACACUUAUAGUUUUAAAAAUCUAAAGGGCUAUGCCGGUCGUUUUACCGAUGAUGUUUUGGAGAAGAUCAGACGCAGUGACGAGGUGGCUUGGGUGGAAAAAGAUCAAAUGGUAUAUGCGUCUGAACUUCAACGAAAUGCUCCAUGGGGUUUGGCCAGAAUUGCACAUCGUGGCGCUUUGACAUUUGGUACUUUCAACAAAUAUCUAUAUGAUUCAAGAGGAGGAGAGGAAGUCACGGUUUAUAUAAUCGACACUGGUAUAAAUGUUAAUCAUUCCGACUUUGGAGGUCGUGCUGUAUGGGGUUCGACAAUCCCUGACAAUGACGAAGAUAUUGAUGGCAACGGACACGGUACUCACGUUGCUGGUACUGUUGCGGGUAAAAGGUAUGGUGUAGCUAAGAAAGCUAAAGUUGUCGCCGUUAAAGUAUUGCGAUCGAACGGUUCUGGUACCAUGUCAGAUGUUAUUAAAGGUGUUGAAUAUGCUGCUGAAGCACAUCAGGAAGCCGAAGAAAAAGCCAAAAAAGAAGGAAAACCUUUCAAAGGUUCAGGUGCUAAUAUGAGUUUGGGUGGUGGUAGAAGUAAGGCCUUGGACUUUGCCGUUGAUGGGGCCGUCGAGGUUGGUAUCAACUUUGCAGUUGCUGCCGGUAACGACAACCGUGACGCCUGCGAUUUCUCGCCAGCCGCAUCUGAGUUAGCUAUAACCGUCGGUGCUUCUACCAUCGAGGACGAACGUGCUUGGUUCUCUAAUCACGGUAAAUGUGUCGAUGUUUUUGCUCCUGGUAAGGAUAUCACAUCCACUUGGAUUGGAUCCCGCUAUGCCACAAACACCAUCUCCGGAACCUCAAUGGCUUCCCCUCAUGUAGCUGGUUUGGUAGCAUACUUACUCUCUCUUCAAGUUGACGAUGAAUCAGACUUUUAUACCAAGGCUUUAACCCCUCUUGAACUCAAGAAUAAGAUUAUUAAACUGGCUACAAAGAAUGUCCUUACCAAGAUUCCAAACAAUACACCUAAUCUUUUGAUAUACAAUGAUUACAAUUGA